AUGGUAGACAAGUACCAUGCUCUUGAAGUGAUUCAGCAAUCGGCUUUAGAGCAGAGUCUGGACAGCCUCGCCCUCACCAGCUUCGGGGUGAUGGACACCACCCUGGAGGAGGUGUUCCUAAAAGUGUCUGAAGAGGACCAAUCUCUGGAGAACAGUGACGCUGACAUGAAGGGGUCCCCGGGGGGAAGCUCAGUGGGGAAAUCCUCAGUGGGCUCAGCUGGCCUGGGAUUGCCACAGGAGGGUUCUGGACCUUCAGUGGAGAGUGAGAAUCCGGAGGUGGAGCUGAGUAAUCUGAUGUCGAGCUCCACCAUGAGCCAGAGCCAGUCAUCUCUCAAAUCCUCCUCGUCCAUUGGUUCAGUGAGGGGCGAUGAGGGGGGGCUCCACGCAGACUUCUAUGGAGAUUACUGUCCGCUCUUUGACAGCGGCCAGGAGCCAGACUCUGCCAUUCUGAGGG